GUAAAAUCCUUUCAGAAAGCAACAAUAAACUAAACUCAUAGUCCAUCCUCAGCCUCUCUGGGUGACUGCAGAAGACAUAGAAUUGUGGCAUCACAGCAGAUUGGAAGUUGAGCAAGUUGAGGACUAUGUCUGAAUGUAUCCAGCUCUCAUUUGCUGUUUGUAGAAUUGGCAUUUACACGUGUUUUAGAGCACUUUGCUGCAAGGGACCGCCACCACCACGACCUGAGUAUGACUUGGUUUGCAUAGGCCUCUCUGGCUCUGGCAAGACAAGUCUUCUGUCUCAGCUCUGCAGUGAAAGCGCGGAGAAUAUCGUGUCUACCACAGGUUUUAGUAUAAAAGCAGUGCCAUUCCAGAAUGCAAUUUUGAACGUAAAAGAACUUGGAGGAGCUGACAAUAUCAGGAAAUACUGGAGUCGUUACUACCAAGGAUCCCAAGGGGUAAUAUUUGUACUAGACAGCGCCUCCUCGGAAGAUGAUCUAGAAACUGCUAGGAAUGAGCUGCAUUCUGCUCUUCAGCACCCACAGUUAUGUACUUUGCCGUUUUUAAUACUGGCCAAUCACCAAGACAAGCCAGCAGCUCGCUCAGUACAAGAGGGAAAGAGUAUAUGCAUAUUCCAAGCCACUGGAAGAGCAUUCACUAAUGCAUGCAUGGAAGUUUGAAAGGACUGUUGGGUCUGAAAACCCUUCUUCCAGAAAGGACAAAAAGCCAAAAUACCUGAUGCCUAUCAGGUCAAGAACUUACCCAAGAUUAAUUGGUGGAGAGUUUCAAAAAGAUCCCUAUGAACUUCUGCAGAGGACACAGAGUGCUUUCUGGAAGGCAGAGUUGUUCCUCCAUCCCUGUGGAGCUGGUGGAAGGACAGCCCAGAGACUGCAGAUGAAAAUCCUGGCACCAAGCAGCAAGAGCCUGCUGAGAGGAACAGUGAACCAGCUGCCAAACCCCAGCAGCGAUGGAGAAAACUUUCUGCAGACUACAGAAGACUCUGCCAGGUGUGCUGCUACCUGGGAAGGCACUGGGUUGACUGGACCAAAGCCUGGAAGCAAGGUUUGAUCUUUGUUUGAAAAUCCACCAAAGUAAAAUGUCAAGACACAUCUAUUGCAGAGCUGCGCUUACUUAGGUGUUGUCACGGUAUUGAAGAGCUAUUACUAAUUAAAGCAUUAGCAGAGCAAAUCACAAAUCAAAGCUGGGAUUUAAGUUUGUGAGCUAGCUGAGUGAACUAGAGUUUCUUCCAGGCUGAAGAUAUGUAGCAACAGAAGGAGCAACAGGGCUACUGACAGCAGAAAACAAAAGGGAUAGUAGAAGAGCAGAAGGUUUCCAAGCUGAAUUGGCUAGGUGCAAAUCUAUAAGGAACUGAGAGGAGGACAGGAAGUGACCUUCUAAGUUAGAAAUGUGUGAGUACAGAGCAAUUUCUCUGCCUUUGAGUGAAAUGUCCAGCCUGUGGGUUUCUGCAAUACAGAUAAAGCUGGACUGAAGAUUACACCAGCCCACAAUCAUGCUGCUUGUCCCCUGGUCAUGUGCAGCAGCAACCUGGUCCUACGCUAAGAUCCAAUUUUGUUACAACUUCCAGCAUGAUGUGUUUAGUUGAAAUAAACUAAAAAAGAAUUGCUUAGAUGAAGCUCAAAAUGCUUUUCUUUAUAGAAGAAAACCUCAGCGACACCAACUAAUAAAGCCAUGUGGAAGAUAUAACCUAUUUGGGCAUCUGAGUGUUAACUUUCUCCCUUGACAACACCCAUUUCAGAAACAUUGAACUAUUUACUGUCUCUGAAACAUCUGGACUUUCUACUUGUUUCAUAAGUCUCUAACAAAAAAUAUCUACACAUCAUCCAUCAAUCCACAGCCACAUUCUUUUCUCACCCUAUCAUGAUUAGAUUCUUUGGGAGGUUUUAGGGUUUUUUUUUCCUAAUGCUUUUCUCCCAGUUUUUCUUGGACAUCAUUGUAGUAAUUAUUAAUGGGCUCCAUAUAUGCUCACUUUGAGCCAUCAGAAACUGAACUAGUUUGUUAUAUAAGCUGGAGAAAUGGGGACUUUUGGGGACCUGGCCUCUUUCCUUAGCCACAACUGUCCCAUUCUGGCAAAACUGAGACAGACCUCAAAGCACUAUUUGGAGGAAAGUCCAACUGCUGUUAAGAUGUGGAGAGCAGUGGUGUGGUGUUUUGUCCAAGAUACUUCUUUGAUAGGAACAACCAGUGCUCUAAGUGAAUGGAAACACCUAAAUCACCCCUCUGUAAGGAAGGAGAGAGGUGCUUUCUCCACACUCAACUGUUACUUUGUGAAAGAAAGCCCCUCUCAAAGAACUGUGCCAGUCGUGUAAGCAGUCAUCGAUAACCUUAGCUACAUCUAUUGUGAUAUUAAAGAGAAUUGCAUAUCCAAUUGUGGAAGUGCCAUUUUCGUUCCACUUUAAAAGUCAUGGCUGGGGAAUCUGCCCACCCAUGGGCUGGCACUGGGGAAGGUUUCUUGCAGGAGCAUGAGGACAGCACGCCACCAGUGACUUUAAGCUGAGGCCGAGCCCCUCUGGCCAGCACAUGCUCCUCCACAGUUUACGCUGCUGAGUGCUUUGCCUUUCUCCUUCUCUUUUGCACCAGUGUCCUUUUUCCACAUUACUCUUCAGCCAGACAAGUCCCCCGACCCAACUCAGUGUGCAACUGCAUAUGUGCAAUCAGUGCAAGACACUUGUAAAAUUAGUUAGCUGUGAAAGUGCUGAGCUGGGACGAGCAGGGAAGCCAGGAAUCUGGCUGAGCCCAUCGGGGGCUCAGUUUCUGGUGGGCGAGCAGCCCCUCAGGGCGGCCAGUUUGCUGCCAGGUAAUGGGAGGAGCCGGCUGAUAGCAGAGCCUUGCGUGGGGAUUGUUUCAUCUGUCAGGCUGCCAGGGGAUACACAACAAUUGCAAUUCCACUGCUCCUCCCUGCCACGAAGAUUAGGGGAGUUAGUCAUGUGGAGCUAUGAGGCUGAUAGGAGAGACGAUAACAAUGCACAAGCAUUAGACUGGUGUAACUGUUAAGGAAAAAAAGGAUGGUUCAAGGAUGUGUGUAAUUAAGAAUAAUGGCUUGAACAAAAAACAUCUUUUUGUAUGUGUUACUAUUUUUAUAUGACCUCUGUCUGGAACUCAGAAAAUAAAGCUGAGGAGGAAUCACAAUCUUCUCAAACAAUAUUACAAAGUGAGACCUUGCUCUUGAAAAUAAAUCAGCAUGUCAGUUUAAAAUUUGUUAAUUUAAUUUGUUUGAAUACCAGAUUAACAAAGAAAAAACAGUUCAAAGAGCAGACCCUUUCUUUCUGAUCAGCCUGUGAAAUAGUCCUGUAGAGGGAGAUUGAGAUUUUUUUAAUAUCAACAAUAGUGGAAACCUUGCUGUGAUUACCAGAUAAUUCAUCCACUAUCAGUAAAAAUCUUGU